AUGGAAGAUAGACAAUCCAAUAUGAAAAAAAAUAAGAGUCAUAGAAACGUUUCGAAAACUGAAAGUCGAUUCAAGGCUAAAUUCGAAUUUCUGAAGAAAUUACCUCAUUCAGUAUUGUCUAAUAGUGCGGUUGAAAAAGCACGAGCAUUUUUUCGCUCAUCAGAACCUAAACAUCAUGUUAGUAGUAAUAUCAAUGAACAAUCAUCAUCAUCAAAUCAACGACAUACUACUGUUAAUAUUCUGCCUUUUAUGAAUUCCACUGUUAUUAAUCAAAAUAUUCCAAAAACUAAUAAAUUAUUACAUUCAAUAACUCCUACAACUCAUUUUUCAACAUCAAACAUGAUAAGAGUUGAUAAAAUAAAUCCUAAAGAUAUGAUUAGUCAUCAACUGAUUGAUAAUGAUCAAAGCGAUUAUAAACUACCAUCAAAUUAUUUUCAAAAUAAAUAUAAACACUAUUUAAAACCAUCAUUAUUAAUACCUAAACAAUACUAUAAUGAUAUAUUGUAUAGACGAAAUCAAUAUUAUUUCACUUCUAUCAACAAAUACGAUUCAUGUCCACGCUCAUCUGCAUUAACAUUAAAUCGAAAUUCGACAUAUUCGAAUCGCUUUUAUUCACCAUAUAAUUAUUUGACUCCUUCUAACGAAAAUUCAUCAUAUGAUCAAUUGCGUACUUCGUUGUAUAAUUAUCGACCCUAUGCCCAUUGUGAAAUAAAAUCUUCAUUUGAUGAACCAUACUUUCGACCUACACCCUCUAUAAUACAACCAUUACCAUCAUCAUCAUCAAUGUCAACAUGGAAUCAAUGUGUUCGUCGUCUUAAUACAGAAUAUAAAUUAACAACAAUUGCACUUCAACAAGCAAAAGAAUGUUUAGAACAAGUUUAUUUGAAUCCGAAAAAAUCAAUUUCAAAAUAUGCUAAUUUAGUAUCAUGUGAUAUUAAGAAUUUCUCAAAUAAUGAAAGAAAAAAAACAAACAAUGUUACAUUCUGUUUACCACCAUCAUCAUCAUCAAUAACUGAAAAAUUUUCUUCGUCUUCAAUAUCAGUAAGACAAAUUGAACAAAACAAAAAUUUUCCAUGUACUUUUCUUUUGAAACCGAAAUUCAUUAAACCUGUUGAAUUAAAUACAUUUUCCUCAUCAUCAAAAUUAGAACCUGUAUUAACUAUUGUUGAAAGUAACGACAGAUUAGAUUCUAUUGAUGCUAUUAUUAAAAAAUUUAAUAAUCUUAAUGGUUCUUUAUCAACAACUAAAGUGGAAUCUCCAACUAUUAUUCACAAUAAUCAAUCAUUAUCAUCAAAAAGUGAUGUUAAUAUAAUUAAUCCUGAUGUUUAUGUUAAACCAUCAAUAAUUAAUUAUGAUUUUAAAAAAAUUCCAGAUCAAUCUCUAUUAUCAUCAUCAUCAUCAUCAUCAUCAUCAUCAUCGUCAUCAUCAGAAUCAAAUAUAAUAAAUAAAAUACAUCAAUUAGAAAAUUCUCUACAAGAAGAAGAAACAACAUAUACAAUAGAAACAUUUUAUCAAAAUACAGAUAAUAAUGAAAAUAAUUCAUCAUCAAAUGAUCAACAUGUUGUUAUCAUUGAAGAAAAUACAACUGAAGAAGAAUUUAAUUUAGCACAUGAAAAACGACAUCAUGAAAUGCAAACAAAUCGUACCUCUCCUCAACAUAUGAUAGCAACUAAUGAACCGAAAUUUCCAUCAUCCCUUAAUUCAUUUCUAUUUCCAUCACAAAAUGAAAAUUUGUAUUCUAUUGAAACGUCCUCGAAUCAUUUCAUUAGGAACACAUUAUCGAGUAGUGCAACUUCAUCUACUCUUCCCAUUAGUCAUCAUAAAGAUUGUACUUCAUCGACAUCAUUGAAUAAUAAUAAUAAACCGCCUUCACACAUACCCAUACCAAAACGUUCAACAACAACCAAAACACGUAUCUCUCAUUUAGAGCAACCUUCAGAAAUUAUUGUACCAUCUACUAAAUUAAAACCACCAUCUUCAAAGAUUGUCAACAAUAUAACUACAUCAAUACGAAAACCAACAAAAAUUACAACUAACAAAAUUCAAUCACAGUCAUUAUCUACUACUUCAAAAAAACAAUCAUCACUAAAUAGUAGUCAAAUAAAUGAAUCUCAAAAUAGAACAAGUAAAAAUUCUAAUUUUCAUAUAUUUCUUGAUGAAUAA